AUGCUGACCACGGCACAGACAACUUUUGCGGUGCCUCUGCACUGCGAUUCCUGCGUCCAGGAUGUGACUGGCGCCUUGGAGAAAGUACAAGGCAUCACCGAGAUCCAAGCCAAUCUUAAAGACCAACUUUUUUACAUUGAAGGAACGGCCCCUCCUUCAUCAAUCGUGUCAGCCAUUGAAUCUACGGGACGGGAUGCCAUCUUACGGGGCAGCGGGAAGUCCAACUCUGCCGGUGUGUGCAUCUUGGAAACUCAUGCAGAAGGCGUGUCAGAUCCGGUCCGUGGCCUCGCACGGAUGGUCCAAGUCUCGGACAGUCACACCCUGGUUGACCUGACAUUACGCGGGGUGUCGCCGGGAACAUAUCAUGCCACGAUAAGGGAGACAGGUGAUAUAUCACGUGGGGCAGCCUCGACAGGUGGCAUCUGGGAAGCUGUCAAGGAACUAGCGGGCUUCAGGCAGCCUCGCGGCAUGUUUGGGACGGUGGAGGUGAAGCAGGAUGGCCGAGGCAGCGCAUUCCUGGAUCGCCCGGUGUCAACAUGGGAGAUUAUCGGUCGCAGCAUGGUGGUGUCGAAACAACCACCAGAGGGAGCGUUUCAGACCGAAGAUCCAGAUAUCCUAGUCGGGGUCAUUGCUCGCAGUGCCGGAGUGUGGGACAAUGAUAAGACCGUGUGUAGCUGUUCGGGGAAGACAGUAUGGGAGGAGCGCAAGGAGCAGGUCGAAAAGGGGAUGCUAUGA